AUGAGGUCGAAAGCUCUAGUCGCGUUUCUUUUGUUAGCUUCACAUUGCCUUAAUGCGGCUAGUUGUUAUAGGAUACUCUUUCUAAUUCCAUUUCCGGGAUCAAGCCAUUGGUUGAUGUUUAAGCACUUUAUAACGGAACUGACCGUUCGGGGUCAUGAGGUAACAGCUGUGACUAGUUACAAGUUUGUCGACCCUAUCGAUAAUUAUACUGAGGUGCUGAUUGAUCCAAGUUAUCCUAUUCUUGAGAAAUUUCCGAUUUCCGCUAUUUACAGUUCCCAAGAUUAUCAAAAUGACUUCAAAAAUUUGGUGUUGUAUUGGCGCCUUGGGCUGGAAACGAGUCGUUACGCGCUGGAAAAUUACAACGUCCAACAGUUCAUCAACCGAGAGGACCUUCACUAUGACCUGAUCGUGGCUGAACAAUUCUUCCAGGAAAGUUGGCUUAUGUUCGCUCACAAGUUUAAUGCUCCCAUCGUCACUAUCAGCACCAUCGGUUACUCGGACUACAUGGACCGUGCUAUGGGACUGCUUACACCAUGGUCAUUCGUGCCUCACAUGUUGUUAGACUACGAAGAUCAGAUGAGUAUUUAUCAACGCACUUACAAUACUCUGCUAUCCACGAUUGAUUACAUUGGUCGUGAGUUCUAUUACCUUCCUGAACAAAAUAAACUUGCCAACCAAAUAUUCAGCUCGCUUGCGAAACACCGUGGACCUCUGCCUAAUGUCCAGUCGCUGGAGAAAUCCAUCUCCGCAAUGUUGGUCAACAGUCAUCCAACUCUGGCGAAGCCUCGGCCAUCCAUUGUAGGUGUAGUUAACAUUGCCGGCGCUCAUAUCAAACCACCCAAGUCUCUGCCGCAAGAUUUGCUGCGGUUCAUAGACGAGGCCGAGCAUGGAGUUAUUUAUUUCUCUCUAGGAGCAUACCUUCAGAGUUCUCUAUUGCCCACCGAAAAACGAUCAAUUCUACUGAAGGUGUUCGCUAAACUGCCACAACGGGUGAUUUGGAAGUUUGAAACCGAUGACCUUAUUGACGUCCCUGAUAACGUUUUGAUUCGAAAGUGGGCUCCACAGAACGACAUUCUUGCUCACGAAAAAGUGAUCCUUUUUAUCUCCCAUGGCGGCCUGUUCGGAACAUACGAAUCGAUGCAUCAUGGAGUGCCAACACUGGUCAUACCGUUCUUCGCCGAUCAGCCACGGAAUGCCGCUCGAGGGGUGCGCAGUGGAUUUGCCAGAAAACUGCUUUUCAAAGAUGUCACCGAGGAAAAGCUUUUCGAAAACAUUCGAGAAAUGGUUGCGAAUAAAAAUUACUUGAAGCGGGCUAAGGAAAUUUCUGUGAUUUUUCGGGACAGGCAGGUGGAUCCAAUGAAUGAGUCCGUAUAUUGGAUGGAAUAUGUUAUCCGGAACAAGGGGGCAAAGCAUAUAAAAUGUAAUGCGGUGAAUCUUUCAUUGGCGCAGUACCUUUUGCUUGACAUUUUUGGAAUCAUUGUUUUGAUUGGAGUUCUAAUUUUAGUCAUACUGAAGUUGUGUUGUAUUUGUGAUAAGGUUAAUAAUUCGAGAUCUAAGGAGAAGAUAAAAUAAUCAUUGUAUUAUGAUAAUAUAUUCAUAAUACACACAACAGUAAAAAUUUAAUUGAAAUAAAUGCUUUGUUUGUUUUUCGAUUCCCUAACCCU